ACGUAAAUAUUCCCAUCAAAGAACGGCUGCAUUGUAGGAGAGCGACACUACAUUCAAUGUUGCAACAUGUAGCUACAGUAGCUUGUCCUCAGUACUAAAUUAGUGACCCAGAUUUCCACUAGAGAUGUGGUUAAAUGUUACGAGCGGUUGUAUAGAAAUCUUCCCAUUCUCCAUGUCAAAAACAGACACGUCCUGGAGCUAACUCGCGGUUUACGAGGGCGUUCAGCAUACAGCAAAACUUCUGCAAGGACUUUGUUCAGAGUUUAAAUUUACGCUUAAAUUGUCAAAAUGGAGAUUCGCGAAGGGGCAGCGGCAGUAGGCGACAACGUGCUUGACUUCUCCCGUUUGAGUCUGAACACUUUUGGCGUCGACAGUAUCAGCGACGAGAGGAAAAGGGACACCAAACAGCUAUACCUAAACUACAACCGGUUAGCCUCGCUGCCCUCGUCAGUCAGCCUUUUCUGCAAUCUCGAGUUUCUGGACAUUAGCAACAACGGACUGUCGGCCAUCUGUGAGGGAAUUACGCGACUGCCCAGGCUGAAAACACUGAUAGGCAAGAACAACCGUCUGGACGAGUCUUCGCUGCCCAAAGAGUUCGGCUCUCUGCAGCUGGAGGUGUUGAACUUUAGUGGGAACAGAUUUGAGGAGAUCCCACUUCAGUGUAUGAAACUGCUGCGUCUGCAGUCGCUUUCCUUCGGCGGAAACAGACUGAAAAGUAUACCUGCAGAGAUAGAAAAUCUAACUAGUCUGGAGCUGUUGUAUCUGGGUGGAAACUUCAUCACAGCCAUUCCUCCAGAAGUGGCUAACCUGCCCUACCUCAGCUACCUGGUCCUAUGUGACAACCGCAUCCAAAGUGUCCCUCCACAGCUCACCAGGCUCCACUCGCUGCGAUCUUUAAGUCUCCACAACAACUUGCUCACUUACCUGCCGAGGGAGAUCCUCUGCCUGGUGCGCCUGCAAGAGCUCAGUCUCCGUGGCAACCCACUGGUGGUGCGCUUUGUCAAGGAGAUGACCUACGACCCCCCAUCACUGCUAGAGUUGGCAGCACGCACCACCAAGAGCCGAAAUGUUCCCUACUCCCCCUGCGACCUUCCCUCAAAUCUGCUUCGCUACCUAGAUCUGGCCUGCAAGUGCCCCAACCCCAAGUGUGUCGGCGUCUACUUUGAUUCAUGCGUGCGACAGAUCAAAUUUGUGGACUUCUGUGGGAAGUACCGGCUGCCCCUCAUGCACUACCUGUGCUCCCCAGAAUGCACUUCUCCCUGCAGCUCCAACCCCCAGAGCGACGCGGAGUCGGAGGACGAGAGCAGCGUGCCCGCUUACCGCCUGCAGAGGGUGCUUCUGGGAUAGUACGACAUGGAGGAGCCUCUGACCCUCUGGACAAGCUCAGCCUUGUCAGUCUUGUCACUGUGUUCAACAUGUAUACAGAGAUGAACUUGGCUGUCAGACUUUACUACACAUCCACUCACAUACACAAAAAAUAGUUGCCUAUGUUGGCCGUAUGUAGACAGACUUCCUCAUGGGGUCCAUAAAACACGUUGACUUCAUUCUAUGGAACUUUUUUAGAAAGGAGUCCGUUCUCACCACACAUCACUCGACACAACACGAGUAAAGGAAACCUCAUAUUUCCCAUGUAGCCAUGCAAAUCCUAUCAAAGUGCUGGUCUCAUGGUCCAGCAUAGGAGGGCAGUAAAACUCAGCGAGUGAAGGAGUGGCAGGGUUCUUUUCCUUUUCAGGGCAGCAUACUUUAUCUUUCAUAUGACACUUGGUGCUUUGCAGUAGCAACAGCACAUAAUUCUGCAUUUUCUGAAAGUUUGGAUAUGAACAAUGUGUUUUUUGUCCAGCUACUGGUGACACACAGCCAGCUUUCAUUUAAAUGUCUCUUAUCGGGUGAGCAUCAAAGCUGCUAUGCCAACUAGGAAAAAAAGUAUUUUACACGACCGUAUUCUAAAUUGACUGAAUACGAUGUGUGAGAUGGUUUUAUUUACACUGUGUGUGGUCCUGCUGGGCAACGGUUCCGUGUGGUUAAGCUGUACCACACAAAAUCAAGGUUUAAAAGAUUUAAAAGAUCAAGGUGUAUCUGUUUUUGUCAGCACCAUGGUCAUUGCACACCAGCCUUGAUACAUUUUUGCCAUGAUGGCAAAAUUCAAAAGAUUCAUCCAGAAUAUGUGUUAUGCGAGUAUGUGGAAGAAAGCUUGUCCAGGCUUACUCACAGGAAGUGGAUGUGGGGUGGACCAGGGAAAACCAUUCACUGUUAGCACAGAAACAAUAGCCAUUGAGCGAAACACAGUGGCAGCCUUUAUGUUUAUGUUCAGGGCUGUCAGUUUUCUCUGGACAUAACAAUAUAGAUGUGUGUGUGAAUGGAGCCCGCAGUUAGAUUUAUUUUCUGGUUUGAGUCUUUUUGAGACCGAAACCUUUAAUUUCUAGCAGGAAAUGGCUGUUUCUGUUCCUGGUUACAUCUCUGCUCCGCCUUCCUACUCGUGUGGAAAGCUGGGAGAUUGUAUUGGCUGAGUGAGGAGGGAAAACUCUCCCUGGCUUCACAUUAGACCUUAAUGUUUAGGAUUUUAAAAAAAGAACGCUCCUCUAUGUUACAGUAACACCUAUACUAGAGCAUUUAAGUGCCUCACUAAUGGUGACUUCUAACACGGUAAAACAGAGUAUGAAGAAAUGUGAUAUAUGCACCCUGAAAUGUGACAAGAUUAACAUUAUGAAUUAUAAAUUCUUCUUUUUUUUUUAGUGAUUUCUGUACUCCUUAUCUUAACAACAGUAAAGAGAAAAAAGAACUGUUUCAUAACCAAAGGAAUUGUUUUUUUUAUAGAAAUCUUUUUUCAAAUGUUAAAUAAACAACAUAUUUAAAUAAAUGACCUGCAGAAUAGAUGGCACUUGAACAGAAAAUAUAUUGAGAUAUAAUAAUUGUAUUUACUUGUACCCAAUUCAGAUCAUGUAAGUAGACUGUACAGUAUAUAAUCACAAUAAUAAAGACUGAUUGUAAUAUCUUUAAA